AUGACGUCGAGUAAGUUCUCGGUUUCUCGUGCCUCUCGUGCCACCAAGUCGACCCUUUAUUCUCUCUCUUCUCCUUUCAAAUCCUCUUCCAAUCUAUCCGAUGUACUAUCCUCGACGCCAUCCACGCCCCCUUCGCACAAGCGGUAUUCGAUCUCGACCUCGUCCGAUCACACCAAGGCCAGCAGUGGGCAAGAAAGUGCCGAGAACUCGCCUCCAGAUCCACCGAAACGUCGCUCGACGCACGAAUCUAAUCAGCAUCAGCCGCUGCCGCCGCCCAGACUGCCGGAGCAAGAGCAAGGACAACUGCAGCCCAGGGACAGUCCCGAUGAGGAGAAGUCGGGGCUGCCUGCUGAAGCUAGUGUCCUGUCCGACUUCCAUGUUGGGUCGCGGACUGGAGCUGAGGAUAUUCGACGACUCCGUCAUGAUGCUCCAGUAGCAGCAGCAUUCUCCGAAUCGGAUGACGAAGAUCGUGUGAUCAGGCUUCCCGCAAGUCCCACGAAAACCGACGAAGGCUUCCCGUUCGAACAGCAAACGCUGAAACCCACCAAUGGAACCCCUCCUGCCCAGACCAAACCCCAGACGCAACCACAGAAGACACAGUCGUCUUCUGCGAGUAUAGAACCACAGGAUAAGCCAGUGCUUCGUCCUACGCCUCGGAAAUCAAGAACUUGGGCCGGCCGUUUGUCCGUGUUUCUACCGUCACUCAUACUCCCUUCUACAGACCAUUCACCUACAUCCUCGAGCGGUGUUCACCGCAAGCCGGUGCCCGACGUUUCUCCCGUCGACAGCGCUCAUUCACAGCACCAGAAUCCGGGCUUGCGCUCAUCCCAGACCUUCGACCUGGGAUUCACCUCGUCCACCUCAGCCGACUUAACAUUGCGCCACCCAAGCACCAUCCCGCAUCCCACAACAGCGCCUCCCCCGGUGCCAUCUCAACGCCCCCAUGAUGCACCAACAUCCGCCUCUCUGCCCCAGAGUCAGUCUCUCCCCCUCAGAGAGGCUCCUACGUCGGCGGUACCCGAGCUUUGGAACGAAUCUGGAGCUGUUUAUGUUUACCUCUUCCCUCCGGGUGCUGGUAUAGGGCCAUCUUUCAAAGUCCCUAUCUACGCUAUCAGCUCCUCGCAAGUGUUCAACGACUUGAUUCAGUCUGAAAUGGGUCCUGGAGGGAUCAGAAGCCGAGCCAGGAGCUUUUCGGGCAGAGACAGCUUGACGGCCGACGAUGCACUUUCACGAAGAUACUCGCCACCGUCGCCCUCGGCGGACGGCGAGGAUGGCGCUGGCGACCUUCGCCUCUUCCUUCCGGGUGCCGCAGUGCCUCCCGAUAAUGCCCAAUUGGCUGCAUCUGGACAGCCCCAGCCGCAACGUGGCGAUUUUGAUCGCCUCAUCGCGAUUCGCAACCUAUUCGCCUUUCUCACGGGACAGCCACUCGUGGCAACAAAGGCCAACCCUACAACUUUCACCGCCUUCCUCCAGAUCUCGAACCUUCUUCUGGAGUUUGGCUUCACCAAUCUUGAUGGAUCGAGCUUCGGUGACGCCGUUGACAUGAGCUUCAGUUUCUUCAACUCGCAGUUGGCACUUUCCGAUGUGAGACACAGCCGGGAGAAGACGCUAGAGGCACUCAUCCUCGGCGAGCGCAUGCGAUCGAUGGAGCUCUACAGUGAGGCUUUUGCUCACGCAGUCGGCAAGUAUACACCCAUACUUGAGCUCAAGUCGCCUUUGUUUGAUCAGCUCUCGCCCCAAACACGACAGAAGCUUGAGCGGGCUCACCUAGACCUUGUCAACCGCCAGCAUAAUAUCAAUGGCAGACUCGAGCAGUUUGACUUCCCCUCGCUCUUCUCUGGUAUUGCCAAUUCGACCUCUAUUGCCGAAGUCAAGAGCGUUCGGUUCAAGCAGUGGCGCCAAUCCUUCAACAAGAUGCGGACAUUUGUGCUCGCCUACUACAAGUCCAAUUUCGGCAACUGGCCACCCAAGGCCAGCAGCAAGAAGAACCCGUUCUCCGAGAGCGGCCUCAACCGUUUGGUGCUCAAGGCACUAUACUCGGAUAUGUGUGCCUUGUAUGAUCUGCUUGUCGACCGUGAAGACUUGACGCCGCGCGUCAUUGACGGGGGUCCUGAUGACGAUUCUACGAGCGAUAACCCAGUAGCUGCGGCCCUCCGCAAGGUCCUCACAGAGUUCGACGCUUCGACACCUCCCGUGCUGCCGCCGAUUCCCUUCGACAUUCCUCAGAUCCCUUCUAUGCGCGCUAUUCUCGAGACAUACGACCAGAAGCCGGCCAAGGAACAGGCGCGCAUCGAUAAGCGCAUCAAGGAGCACGAGCUCAUCCUUGUUUUGCACAAAGCCUACAACUACGACACGAACACUCUGCAGAUUCCUUUCCUAAGAGCGUUCAAGGAUUUCGAGAACCACGAGGCUCGCGGAAAGAAUGCUGCCGACCUGGCCGAUCAGCGUAUCGGCUACUGGCUUUUCCUCUACGUGGUGAUUCAGUCGCUGCCCAUGCUCGUGAUUGACGCGCCCGGCCUGCAGUACACCGAGGGAGUUGAGUAUUUCCUCUGCGAACCGCCGAUGGGCAACCCCCCUUGGCUCGAGGAUGCGCAGGUGCGCAAGAUGUGGUACGAGGUGUCGGGCGGUGCUGGCUACGUCGAGCUUUCGGCGGAUUCGGUCAUGUUCAGCGUGGAAGCCAUCUACCAUCGCUCUCAUUGUUGGGCUGCCGCCAAGAACUGGGAGGGCCUUGAGGGUCCCGACGUGGCCGCGCCCACAGAGCCAGUCAUGUCGCCCCUGGCCCCGCCGCCCAUGUUCAUGGAGCACGAAGGCGGACCGCUCGGUACCCCGCCAGCCGUUGAGUCGACGCCCCCUCCGGCCUCGCCCAAGUACGUCGGCAGCCGGCGAACGGCGUCUCCUGGUCGCGCUCUGGCCUCGCGCAAUUCGGCUUAUCGCUCGAGCAUCGCCAUUGGCCUGGAGCCCGUUCCGAUGAUGGAGGGCCUGCCGGGCGAUCGCAGCUCGCGCAUCCCCAGUCUCGCCAACAGCAGCGUUGUCUCGCUGGGCCAAUACCCGGCCUCCUCAGGCGGCCUGCCACGCAAUCCCUCAGUGACGAAUCUCCUCGGGCAACAGCAGCAGCCACAUCAGGACUCACCCACUCAGUCGACCAUGACAUUUGAUGACAUUCUCGGCGGUUCGCAGCCAAAGACUAAGAAGAAGAAGGGCAAGUUCUUCUAA